CGAUUCCCUGCCACUGGUCGUGGUCGAUUCACUUGAUUGGGGGAGAGUGCCAUAGUGGUAGGUCCAAGUGUCCAACUAUAGCUCACAAGCCGGAAGGGUUUUGAACUUCCCCCCCCAAAUACAUAUCCGCCAUGGAAACUCCACCACAGCCCCGAAAGCGAGGCCGACCCAAGGGUUCAACCAAAAAGGUCAAGGAGGACAAACAUCGCGAUUCGAAGCCUUCAGACACAGCCGCCGCCUCCACCUCCAAGAUUCGCAGGGCCCCCGGUACUGGCAUUAAGGUCGCCGGCACCUCUGAUGAGAAGUAUGACCAGUGGAAGUCACUGGUUCCGGUUCUUUAUGACUGGUUCGCCAAUCAUAAUCUCGUCUGGCCUUCACUCUCUUGCCGGUGGGGUCCUGUGGUUGAGCAGCACAGUCACAAAAUUCUCCAGCGGCUUUACCUAUCUGAGCAGACAGAUCAAUCAGCACCAAACACACUGGUUAUAGCUAACUGUGAGGUUGUUCGAGCAAGAAUUGCAACCGGAAGUCACAUGAAAAAUUUCAAUGCGGAAUCACACUCGCCAUAUGUCAAAAAGUACAAAACAAUUAUUCACCCAGGAGAGGUGAACAGGAUCAGAGAGCUUCCUCAGAAUAAAAACAUAGUGGCUACCCAUACUGAUAGUCCUGAGGUUUUAAUAUGGGAUGUUGAAGCCCAACCUCAUAGGCAUGAUGUUCCUGGAGCUGCUGUUUCUGUUCCAGAUUUGAAAUUAACUGGACAUCAAGAUAAUGCUGAAUUUGCUCUGGGAAUGUGCCCCCUUGAGCCCUUUGUGCUAUCUGGAGGAAAGGAUAAAUGUGUCGUAUUGUGGAACAUUCAGGACCAUAUAUCAACAUUGGCCACAGACAGACAUAAGGCUGAAGGAUCAGCUGGUUCAAUUGGAGCCCGUGGAGUCUUUAAAGGGCAUGAUGAUACUGUUGAAGAUGUUCAGUUCUGUCCUUCAAGUUCUCAGGAGUUCUGUAGUGUUGGGGAUGAUUCUUGCCUAAUACUAUGGGAUGCCCGGGCCGGUUCUACUCCAGUCAUAAAGGUUGAAAAAGCUCGUAAUGCAGAUCUUCAUUGUGUUGAUUGGAAUCCCCAUGAUGACAAUCUUAUAAUAACUGGGUCCGCAGAUGCCUCUGUCUGCUUGUUUGAUAGGCGUAAUUUAACUUCGAACGGAGUGGGUUCGCCAAUUCAUAUAUUUGAAAACCACACAUCAGCAAUUCUUUGUGUGCAGUGGUCUCCGGACAAGUCAUCUGUUUUUGGGAGUUCUGCAGAGGACGGUCGACUGAAUAUAUGGGAUUAUGCAAAGGUUGCUGAGGAUACUCAGACGCCUGCUGGCUUAUUUUUUCAGCAUGCCGGACACAGGGAUAAAGUUGUAGACUUUCAGUGGAAUGCUUCUGUUCCGUGGACAAUUGUGAGUGUAUCUGGUGACAGUGAGUCCUCAGCUAAAGGAGGCGGCACACUUCAGAUAUGGCGAAUGCUUGAUUUGCUUUAUCGGCCUAAAGAGGAGGCUUUGGCUGAGCUUCAAAAGUUCAAAGAUCAUAUUUCCCAGUGUACUCCCAAGCCACAAUCAUGAGAUACAAAUUGGUGUGUGCGAUAGUCUACUUGGUAUUCGCAAAUGAGAUUUUCGUAACAGGUUGACUUGCACAUCUCAGCCAACCUCUUACCUCCCUAUUUUGAAUAGAGAGUUUGAGGUUCAUGCGACAUUCAUGCUAGAGAAGACGUUUGGUAGUUGAUGGAAACUUCAAAGGAUUGAUGAGUACUUACUAAUGUCGCAAACAAUUCCAUAUUUCGGUGUUUACCCUUCAGGAAUAUGUUAAGUUAUACCAUACAUGCAUGAAAGCACAAUCUUUAGUAUUUGUAGGAUUGAAUUGAAUUUAGUAUUUUGGGCAUCGAUUUGAAUUACUUCUGGGUUCGGCUCAAAAUCACCAAAUCAUACUGGGUAUUAUACUAUUAUAUUUCAUAUUUCAUACAAUCAUACCUUUACAAAAUUACUUCUGAAAAGUUACCCAUACUCUUAAAA